AUGGACUUCUCGAAAUACGGAACGCCGAGCAAAGAAUGGCUCGAAUUUAUCGCUCACAACCCGGCUGCCGCCAAAGAAGGGUUCAGUGGCAAUGACAUUCUGGAAGCCUCGCAGCUCCGCCAGGCUGUGAAUGCCAAUCGCGAGGUUGCCUCUGAAAAAUUGAUGGCCGAGUCAGGUCUGAAAAAUCGAGUUGACAUCUCGACACUUUCAAUCCCUUCUCGUGCCAGCCACACCAUUCCAUUACGCCGAUAUUCCCCAGUCAGCCAGCAUGGACAACGACAAGAUCCACGACAGGGCUUAGUAUAUUUUCACGGCGGAGGGUUCUUAUUUGGAUCUGAGAAGUCAGAUGAUUGCCUCUGUGCCAGCAUAGCUGACUCGCUUGGCGUGGUUGUUUUGAGUGUUAUCUAUAGACACACACCAGAGUGGUCCCAUCCAGCCCCACACGAGGAUACCGAAGAUGUCAUGGCGUAUAUAGAAAGAAGUUUGCCAGAUCUAGGCAUUGAGGCAGCUAAAGGUCUAUCUAUUCUGGGCAUCUCAGCUGGUGCUGGGCUCGCCGCGGCCGCGGUACUUCGCGACCUUCGGGGGCAACGCUUGGUUCAGGGCGUCAUACUGAGCAUUCCCUGGCUUAUCCAUGUGGAUAAUUAUCCAUUCAAUCAUUUUGUCGCCUCUGAGAAAUCUGCCCAGGUGCAAUGCCGCAACGCACCAGUGAUUCCAUGGCCUCGACUGAAGAUGUUCAGUGACCUGCUUCGUGCAGAAGACUACACCGACCCGCUGCUUAAUACGGCAUUGGUGCCUGACGUGCAGCUAAGUAACUGGCCAAAAACAGCAUUUGUGGCAGCUGGAAUGGACCCGCUGAGAGAUGAUGGACUGCUAUUCUCUAGAAGACUAGAAGCACUGGGCAUUCCGACAAGUGUCUAUAUUUUUCCAGGCCUUCCCCAUGGUUUCAGAAGAUGGCAAGAUCUCCCAGCCACUAAGGUGUUUGAUGCACGGAUGCUGGAGUCUAUUCGCUGGACGCUAGGGCUGGGUGGGCAUGAAGAGAAUGAGAUCGAGGGAUGGCAUGAGUACCAGUAA